UCCGGCCAGAAAGCAGCUCAUGACUCAGUGCCUGCAGUGUUCACCCGAACCGAUCCGACGCUGCCUUGGAAACAACUCAAUGAAUCGGUACCCGUGUUUGUAGAUUUCCCUUGUCUUCUUCACUAAUCUACCACUAAGCCUGGAAAAAAAAGUUAUUUUAGACACGAGUCGGUUCUUGCAUGACUACGCUGUCAGAUGGUUUCUUUUCACGAGUAUUUUGUUCCAAGAAGCCCCGUGGACGUUAACGUAGCACGUCCCACGCGCUCUCUAAAAUCUUUGCGGCAACUGGAAUACAAGAGGCGUCUGGCGCUGGAUUGAACAUUGAGCAGCUACCUUCAAUCCAAGCAGACUGUCGUCCAGGUAUGCAGAGUAUCUCGUGGCCACGGAGACAGACACAAAGGGACUCUCUUCACUUCCUCCCGAAUCUUAGGUGAUUGCCGUGGCCAUCCAUUGUGGGCAUCAGGCGAGUCGAUAUUCUCCUGGCGGCAUAUGUCUCUGAGAGUUGGCGCACAGCGUUGUUUUAAACGGACUGUUAAUAAGUUUCCAAUCGGUGCUUCGGUGGAGGCAGAUAAAACUGCCAAACUGGCCGACAGCGAGCUGACGUCCUUCUCUGAGCUGUCUGGAAAUCGGCGAUGAAUGCGGGGAUUUAUUCAGCGUGAUUCGAGCUGCAGCAGCUGCCUGCCAGUCGCGUUUAUGUAUAGCCUUUGCAGGGUCAAGAUGCAGGUUCGGACAGUGCUGGACGUCAAAGUGGUGGACGUGGAGAAAAGGCGCAGUCCGUCGAAACAUUACGUAUAUCUCAUCAAUGUCACCUACUCUGACAAUACCUCCCACGUCAUCUACAGAAGAUACAGCAAGUUCUUUGACCUACAGAUGCAACUACUUGACAAGUUUCCAAUUGAGGGCGGACAAAAAGAUCCAAAGAAGAGGAUUAUCCCCUUUCUCCCAGGCAAAAUUCUCUUCCGGAGGAGUCAUGUGCGAGACGUGGCCAUGAAGCGACUGCGUUUCAUUGACGACUACUGCAGGGCACUUGUGAGACUCCCCCGACAAAUCUCCCAGAGUGAAGAGGUGCUCCACUUCUUUGAGACAAAAGCUGAGGACCUCAACCCCCCUGUGGAGGACUAUGGCUCCAAGCGCAAGUCCGUAUGGAUGUACGGCAUUACCGACAGCCCGAGGAAAGAGGCGUCAGGGAUUGACAGUUUGGAGCCUAUGAUACUGGAGCAGUAUGUGGCUGUGGCUAACUACGAGAGACAGGAGAACUCUGAGAUUAGCCUCAAGGCUGGUGAGACUGUGGACGUGAUUGAGAAAAGCGAAAGUGGUUGGUGGUUUGUGAGCACAUCAGAGGAGCAAGGCUGGGUACCUGCCACAUACCUCGACUCUCAAAGUGGAACCAGAGACGAUUUGGAUUUAGGCACCUCUAGGACAGGGGAAGUGACUAAAAGACGAAAGGCACAUCUGAAGAGGUUGGAUCGGCGAUGGACACUCGGGGGUAUUGUCAACCGCCAACAGAGCAGAGAAGAGAAAUAUGUAACCAUACUACCAUAUUCCAGUCAAGGGAAGGAUGAAGUCAGCUUUGAGAAAGGAGUCACUGUGGAGGUUAUUCAAAAGAACCUAGAAGGCUGGUGGUACAUCAGGUAUUUAGGGAAAGAAGGAUGGGCCCCGGCCUCCUACUUGAAAAAGCUAAAAGAUGAUUUAUCCCCUCGCAAGAAGACCCUGUCUGGUCCAGUGGAAAUUAUUGGCAACAUCAUGGAGAUCAGCAGUCUUUUACAAAAGAAAUCAGUCAGUGAAAAAGACAUCCAAACAGAUGGCGAGGGUAGCACCACACCGGAACGCCACAUCUCCAAGAAUGAGAUCAGCUUGCCCAUGCCCUUUAGCUCUGAGAUCAACGCUGAGACGGGCAGAAGGCUGAGCGCUGGCCGUGAUACCAACAGCCCGUGUCUGGGAAUAGCCGCGGCAAGCUCUACCAGAAAUGAAGCCAAAGUGAGAGGCGAAUCAUCAUCCCCAGCCGUUGCCAGAGUAGCGCCGCAUAGAGUUGAAAUCGGUUUUGACACCAUCGGGUCACCCAAUCUGAGGCAAAAACCUCCACCAAGGAGAGAGACCAAUUUGGGGUUGCAGUUGCCUAAGCCACCAGAGCCCCCUGCUGUGGAAGCAGAGUAUUACACCAUUGCAGAUUUCCAGUCCUCCAUUUCUGAUGGCAUCAGCUUCCGUGGAGGGCAAAAGGCUGAUGUAAUAGAGAAGAACCCUGGAGGUUGGUGGUAUGUGCAGAUCGGCGAGAUGGAGGGCUGGGCACCAUGUUCCUAUAUCGACAAACGCAAGAAGCCCAACCUCAGCCGUCGAACCAGCACACUGACGAGGCCCAAAGUCCCACCUCCGGCGCCACCUGUGAAAAAGAACGAUUCCGAAGAAGGUCCCCCUCCUACCACAUCCACUCCUAAAAUUACUGACUCUCUUAAAUGUUCUGUGUAUGAGGAACCUGAAUAUGAUGUUCCUGCAAUUGGUUGCGAAGGUGACUCGGAUAUAGAUUUGCUCAAAGAUGAGCAUUCACUAGAAAUUAAGAUUAGCAACAUAGUCAGCAACAAGUACCGCAGUUCCCCACCUUCGAGUAAAGCAUCCCGACCGGUCUGCAAAGAAUCACCAGUUUCCGCUAAUCGAAGGGCGUCAUUUAGAUCUGUUGAAGAAGUUGCUAAAGAGGAAUCAAUUUAUGAAAAUGAUGGCUUUCGCACUAGUAGUGGGAUUGAACGACAAACACCCAAAGUUUCCAGUGAGCCAAAUUCUCCAAAGACCUACCAUUCCUCUACAGUUCCACGGAAACCUUCUGGUUCUUCACCAGUGCCUGGUCACCCCAUAAAGACAAUGACCCCCGAGAUGAAUAGGAGAAGUCAGACUCUCGGUAGACACAGAGACAUUCACUUCCGGUCCCAGGAGAACAGUCCCCAUUCCUCAUCAGAUGAAUCGAAUCGAGGCUCUAAGAAAGGCAUUAACCAGGAUGUGGAGCAGAGAAUAGGUCAGAGCCCCUCCACUAGACCGAAGCCCUCCGUCAGACCAAAACCUCUCCUGACUAAAUCAGAACCUCACAGUCCUGAGAGGAUGGACAUUGGCUCCCUGAGACGCCAGCUGAAACCUACAAGUCACUUACGACACGGAGCCAAGCCGUCUCGCGGAGAAGAUACUGAGGCAGUAUCGAUUCUAACAUCUGAGGAAUCUAUUUCACGCAGUACAUCAGAUAUUUCUUCUGUUUACUCCAAAACUGGCUAUGUCGACUCAGACAUAGAGGGAUUGACCCUCUACCGCUCCCUGGAUGCCUACAAGAAAAUACAAGACUCUGAGAUCAGCUUUCCAGCGGGGGUGGAUGUCGAGGUUCUGGAGAAGCAAGAGAGUGGUUGGUGGUACGUGCGCUGUGGCUCCGAGGAGGGUUGGGCUCCCUCAUACUUUCUGGAACCUGUCAAGCGAAUCAGUGAUACUGCUAAGCGGGAAUCAGAUGGACAAGAUAGCAGUGGUAGUAAGUCCAACAGUCUUGAGAAAAACGAAAAGCAGGUCAUGGCUUUAAAUAACAUCAAUAUUCAGGGUGUGAUGCCGCAGCAACAAGGAUUGAGAAGAAACACUCCGCCAAUCCCGUCCAAGCCUCCCGGUGGCUUCUCUAAGCCAUCUGGGAUGGUUAAUGGAAGUGUGCGGCUGAGGAAUGGGGUACGCCAAGUGGCAGUGAGACCUCAGUCUGUGUUUGUAACAUCGACACAGCCAGCUAAGGAUACUCAUUAUAUGACGGGAUCUCUGAGACGAAACGACUCGCUCGGAAGGAGCGAUCACUAUGGCUCUGGUUCUGCCACACUCGGUGUCCGUCGAAAUGCCUCAUUCAGCACAGUGCGUCCACACGUGGUGGUGGAAAGUCAGACGAGACCAGCCGAGCGCCCUAACUUGGGUUCCUCUGUGAGUGGAUUCAGCUCAAGCAAUGUCCAGGAUCCCCUUGGCAGAUUUACCCAACGCAAUGGUAUCCCCGUUUCCACGGUCCGUCCCAAACCCAUAGAGAAGAGCCAGCUGAUCAAAAAUAACCUUGGCAGGGAUGUGUACGUGUCCAUUGCCGAUUACCGUGGCGAUGAAGAGACUAUGGGUUUCACCGAGGGCACUUGUCUGGAGGUUUUAGAGAGAAACCCCAAUGGUUGGUGGUACUGCCAGGUACAGGAUAGCUUGCUUCCCCGUAAAGGCUGGGUCCCAUCCAACUACCUUGAGCGGAAAAAAUAAAACCUUUUCUCUCUGAUGUCCCUGAGGAAGUGGCUGACAUCAUUCCUUAAGAAUGUUACCCACAGUCUCCCACAAGCAAUAUGUCCUUGAAUUUUGCAGUUAGAGAAAUUUCAGUGUAAUCUGGGACAGAAAGACACAUUAAGUGCUGGUUUACUAAAGCAUAUACAGUACAUAAAGGAGUGUAAAGUAUUUUAUCUGUGAGAGAAAGUGAAACUGGCCAUAUUUGAAAAGGACCACCUUCAAAUACUUUGAAAAGGGGUUUUAUAAAUUUACAUCACAGGCUGUGAUGGGUGAUAAGUGCCUUUUGUAUUUCAUUAAAUAGAACUACUAAAUGGUGGAUGGAAAACUGUUGCACCCUCAAAAUGUUGUUAAUGUGCCAUAAAUCGAUGAAAUCCACAAUUUACUGGCUCCAACAUUAAGCUGAAACUACUGGUUUUGAUCUUCAGUGUUAAUUGGUUAGGACUCAGAAUGAAGACAGGUGUGUUUAACUGGCUAAGAAUUACAUCAUCACCUAAAUCAGGCAAAAAAAUAACAUCACAUAUUUGUUUCUUAUUUUGUAUGUUUGUGUUUGUCUUGGGUUGAUGUCUUCCUUAGAUAAUUAUUUCUGCUCUCUUGUGACAACAGCUUAUGAUGUAUAAUGAAUGCCUUUUCAUAAAAUUUAAUGAAACGUCUCAUGCGUUUAGUCACAAACUAUUGUUUUGCUAUCAUCAGUUCCGUUUUGAUUCCAAAUGGUUUAGCCCAGAUUUAUUAAAAAAAAAAAAAAAAAAAACAUAUUACAUAAAGUUACGAGUGAAUUAAUAAGUUAUAAGCGGGCUCGGAGAACAAACCACGUUUAUGGGGGGGCAGUUCAUAUCUUGAAGAAAAAUAAUUAUUCCAUGAAGAAAAAUAAUUACGGUAUUUCAGAAAUGAUUAAUAUUUUUUUAGUACAGUAUACUGUUGGUUCCAAUUACUGUAUAGUUCAUCUUUCACUUGAUUAUACAGCUGUUUUGAGAAUGCAUUAGAAAAAAAGGGACUGGAAAUGUAGUGGAAUAAGUGAAUAUGUUUGAUUUCAAGUUUUAUUCAGCUCAAAAUGUGAUCACACCAGUGUUGUUUUUGGCAGCUCUUUUAAUUUUCGUCUUGUCUUUUGGACGAUCAUACUUAUUAGUCUUAUGUGCUGUUUACAUGGUGAUGGUGUGAACCAAGACGCAACAAUUGUGUUACGGAAUGACCUUGCGUUGACAUGGUGACUGCUAAAACAGAAGGGAAGACGCAAACUUUUAAACAAGUCACAUGACUGACACAACCAAACACUGCUAAAUGCAUUCUAACUACACAUACAAUAAGAAAAUAUCACACAUUGUGAAUUUAUGACGGAAACAGAAUUUUCAUCUCGUUCGCGUGUCAUCAGACAACAACUGGCAUUCAUCUCGUUAUGCUUUACUCUCCAAAGACACGUUUUCAAUAGGGGUGUGAGAAAAUAUCGAAAUGGUGGUACAGUAUAUCGUGAUACUUUAUCACAAAAGGUUAUCGAUAUGCACCUGCCAAGAAUCGAGAUAUCGUUUUAAAAAGGUGUCAAUGUCUAAAAAAAAAAUAAAUAAAUAAAAGUAACCAACAAGUUGAUACCAAAAUCUUCCACCAUAAUAGUGUCUCAGUUAACUCUAAGGCUGCGUUGACGGUGCACGACGCCGAAUCCAUUUAGACUGGGAAAGUUCGUUCAUUCAAAACCAGAGCAUUCACAGUCGUCUGUCGGAUUUUCAGGGCAUCUACAGGUCAUUUCCUGUUGGGUUUGAGUCACUGCCAAUUCAUUUGGGUGAUUUCCAGGUCACUUCUUGUUCUGUGACUCAAAAUAAACAGGAAGUGACACGUAAAAUACCCCAAAAUCAACAGGAAGUAACUGAAAAUCAGCAGGUAAAUGAGCUUAAAUAGCCCCAAAUGACCUCAUUGCCUGGCAUUGGCUGCCACUGAAGGCCAUAGACGUUCAAUCCGUUUGAAGUGGGAGGGGCCACCCCUCCCAGUUCAAAUGGAUCGGACGUCUGAUAGCGAUAACUCAUUCCAAUUCACAGCAGAAGCUUGUUUUUCUGUUUAUUAGUUGUUUGUAGAAUAUCCUAGAAUGAUUUCCUGACCAAUUUAUCGAUAAUUGUUGUAUCGCCAUAUCGUCAGAUCAUCGUUAUCGUGAGCUUUGUAUCGCAAAUCGUAUCGUAUCGUGAGUUACCAAGAGGUUUUCAACGCGUCAUCGUGACGUCAUCGUCAUGAAAAAAUUGUUCGUUGACGAAACAUUUGGGUAAUCGUCAUCUUUGACGAAAACAACACUGCUCCGCAAACAUGAAUAAAACGCUCUCGCUCCGAUGACGUCAGCACUCGCACACGUCACUUUGGGCAUGUGCAGUCGCUGCUCGUAAACAUUCAAAACGGCAAACAUGGCAGAACAGCAGAUGUAAUUGACUGUUUUUAAUAUUUUUAAAUUAAAUAUAUUUUAGUUUUUCAUUUUUGUGCCUUUUGAAGCAAAAGAAAAAAGCGCAUGGACAACAUUGCUUCAUGUGGGCGGAUAUGUUGUCUUGCGUGCUGAGGAGGUUGUUGUCAAGGAAUAAUAGGCUGUCACCUCGUAAAACUGCACUGCCCUCUAGGGCCUUGCAUGAAUACUACAUUGUCGUGGAAUGGCGACAUUGUUAGAAUAGAGAAGGAACCAAGACGGAACUUUGUAAAUGCAAACAUGAAAUUUGUUGAAUUCUUGGAGCCUCACCAUCUAAACGGCCCCUUAGUUACAUUUUAUCUCAAAAUUUGUCAUCGUCUAGUUUCUGUUGACGAAAACUCAAGAAUAAUUUCGUCCAGUUUAGUUGACGUUGACUGAAAAUGUUUUCGUCUGUAAAAUUAAAAAUUUUUACUCCAAGAAUAAUAAUAUUUCAAAUGAACAUUGACAGACGAGCACAUAUUGUAGGAUUUAUCUACAAGGACAACGCCAACUUGGUGAUAAUACACACUCAGCAGGAACACAGUACAUGAUUUUCAAUUAAUUAUAUCCACCUGGACACUAGGAACUGUAGGCCUAAGUAAAAAAAGUUGUCCAAGAGUUUAAGAGGAUGCUCUUCCUUCUAACGCGAAUUCUAUGCUAACGCUAUGAGGUUUUAGUGCAUUUAGUGUGUGGUGAUCACUCAGCAUAGACCUUUAAAGGCUAAAGCAAUAUUGCAUAUUGUUCCGUGUGUGUAAGCUUGCAUGGAGACUGGAGAAAAACACACUGGUGAGUCGGGAGUGGCGCAGCACAUCACCGGUGACGCGACCAACACUGCUACGAUGCAGGCUACGCAUAAAAUAUCACACAUUAUUAACGUGUGAUGGAAACUAUUGCACAUUUUCGUCUCGUCAGACUAAACUGGCAUUCGUCUCGUUAUAUUUUAGACUCCCAAAACACGUUUUUAGCUCCUUAUCAUCCAGUUAUCGGCAUGAAAAAAAAUGUUGACGAAAUAUUUUCAUUGUCGUCAUCGUUGACAAAAACAACACUUGAUCACACCAUGUUUUCUCUAUUAAUGGUACAAUAUUAUAAAGUGUUCCAUAGCGAACAAAGAAUACAAUUUCUGAAAGGAAAAAAACAAACAUGAAGACCUGGUACAACUUGACAAUAAAUGUAGAAUGUAAAAUAUCCAGUUAUGUAUGGAGACAUUUUGAAGAGAAGUGAGUCAUUUCUAACAGAUUUCAUCAUUUUAUACCCAAAUUCUCUGAAAAAUCAGAAAUGGUCAUUAAAAAUUCACUUACUUUUGUCCACCCUUAUGUAGCAAAAUAACUAUAAUUUCAUGAUUUGCUUUACGAAUAUUCCUAGAAUUCCAAAAAUAUCAUUUGGGUUGAAAACUUUCUACAUAGUUUUGUGUUAACUAUGACCAAACAAACAAAAUAUACUGUCAAGUGUGGAAGACUCAAAUAUGUCUAAUAUCAUUACAUUACAAUUGUUAAGCAUUUUACCAGAUCUAAGAACAUUUAACAUACAAUCAAAAAAUGUCAUCAAUGAUACCCCCCCCCCCCCCCCAAAAAAAAAAAAAAAAAAAAAUGCAUUUCUUUAAGACUGUCUACACCCAAGAGUUUUUAAAGCUCAACUGGCUGAUGUCCAAGACUGCUGAAAUACAUUUUCUAAUGAACAGUGCUAACUUUUAUUAUGUUUUCUGCUGGACAGUAUUAUAUAUAUAUUUAAAAUAGAAAUACAAUUGAAAAAAAAACAGAUCUUACCUGCUAUAAUGCAGUUAUCUAUUUUGGCAAACCAGUUAUGUUUUGUUUUUAUUUACAUGUGAUUGCACAAUUACAGUAAUGAGGAAAGAAGUUCUCUUUUGUUGAUUGGUGCACUUUAAAACAUGUUUUUACUGGGCAUUAAUUUUAAGAUGCAGCAAACACUCAUACUAGUUAGCAUUUUUAAUGAUUUUAUAUACUGUAUCUAAUAUAAUUAAAAAUGAUAUGUUUCAGAGGUGGGUAGAGUAGCCAAACAUUUUACUCAAGUAAGAAUAGCGUUACUUCAAAAUAAUAUUACUAAAGUAAAAGUGGUCAUCCAAAAAAUAUACUUAAAUACAAGUAAAAAUGUACUUGGUGAAAAGAAUACAAGUAAAGAGGAACAUUGUGAGUAACUGCUUAAGAUGUUUUUUUUUUUUUUUUUUUUUUUUUAAACAAUGGUAUUUUUUUUUCCUCAGCACAGUUAUAAGAACUGUUUUAUUUCCUUUGAUUUUUUUUACGGCGCUUUAAAAACGGCACGUGAUUGAACAGGCCGGCGUGAUUAUAGAAUGGCAGGUUUAAGUCUGGUAUGAUGGAGUCGUGAUUACUGUUGCGACCGGUGUUGUUUUUACCAGCCCUUUUAACUUUUGCCUUUUGGACGAAAAUGCUUUUUAUUCUUAGUCGUAUUUUUGUCAUUUCAAAAUGUUGUCUUUCUCUAGUUUUACAAAUUUCAUCUUUCUUCUAAAUAUUUUCGUAUGUAAAAUUUAUAUUCAAAGUUUCAGUCCAAAAAUAAAUAAAGGUUUCCAAUAUUUUCAAAUGAACAUUGACAGACGAACACAGUGUAGCGUCUACACAAGGACAACGCCAACUUUAUGAUAAUACGCACUCAGCAGGAAAAGCAGUACAUUAUUUUAAAUUAAACCUACCUAGAAUCUACAAACUUUAUGUAAAAAAAAAAAAAAAAAAAAAAGUCCAAGCGUUUAACAUCCUCUAGACUAGACCAGUAAAACCAAGUGGUUCUGCUUUAGACUAUCCAAUUUUUUAAAAGGACGCUCACCAUUCUGAAGCUAAUGCUAAUGUGAAAGGUACGCUAGGUGUUAUAUUUAGCAUCUGAUGUUCACUCAGCACAGACCUUUUAAGGCUAAAGCAACAUAGUCUCUCUUGCUAAGAUAAGAAAGCAAAUCUUACCGUGUUUUCAAACAUGCAAGAUGGAGUGCAGCCUAGCUUGAGACACAUCCUAAACUCCAGUGAGGAGUGAGAUGCACAGCACAUCUCAAAUGAGUGACACGACCCAAAUAAUGCCACAAUGCAAGCUGACGUGCUCCACGUACAAUAUGAAAAGGUCACGCAUUGUAAACACAUGAAACAAAAGAUGUCGUAUUUUCGUCUCGUCGUCAUCUCGCCAGAUGAAAACUGGCAUUCGUCUCGUUACGUUGUAGUCUUCUUACCCACAUUUUUAGGUCGUCAUCGUCAUGAAAAAAAAUUGUUCAACGCAAUAUUUUCGUUAUCGUCAUUGUUGACGAAAACACUGAUUGUGAUGUCUCAGUGGUGAAACUGGUUGAGCAUCUCUGGAAAAAAAAAAAAGAAGUAAAAUCUAAUAUAAAAAUCCAGUCCAAAGUAACCCAAAGUAGCAGAGUAAGAGUAGCAUGUCUUCUUCAGAAAUCUACUCAAAGUAAAAAGUAUUGCUUCGGAAAACUACUCUUAAAAGUACAUUUUUCUCAAAAAGUACUCAAGUAAAUGUAACUGAGUAAAUAUAACACAUUACGACCCACCUCUGCUAUGUUCUCACCUCAAAUGAAGAUUGAAACAAAAUAUUUAGUGUGCCAAUAAAUGUACUGUACAGAUGUAGUUCCUUUAAAAUGGUCAAACAGAUCAAAUGUGGCUAUGAAAGGCACUACAAAAGGAUUUUACACAUACCAGCCAGUCUACCUCAGUGAAAUGAGAUAUGCACUGCUGGUCAGUGAAUUAAACAAAAACAUUUGAAUGUAUUUUUUCCUGCCUUACUUGUCGAGCAGAGUUCAUCCUUUGUUCGUAGUGCAGCUAAAAAUUUUCAUAGCGUCUGUUAUUUGGCCUUUUUAAUCUUUAAGACCGUUUUGUUCUUAUGCUGUGAGCUGCAGCUUCAACAAAAUCAUGAGCACUUCCUUCAUCUUUGUUGUAUUUUACAUAAUGCCUGCUUGAAGUAUAUUUAUUGUCAACAACUUCGAAGCUUAUCAUUUUGACAAUCAGCUUCAUUACACAGUUUAAACAUGAAUCAUAAUAAUUGCAAAACAAUAAGACGUUGCAGUGAUGUCUUGAUAUUCAUGGUUAAAUACAGUAGUAUUUUCUAAAAAAAAUAAUUCAUAGACUAAAGAUUCAAAACAUAUCUCUUCUUAUCAGGGAGCAUCACAAGACAAAGGCAUUAUGUAAAUGUGCAUCACUUUUUUGACUAAUCAAGUAGUUUACAUUAUAUAAUGUUUUGUCUUUUUUUUUUAUCAAGCUGGAUUUACUUGGUUGAUUGCAAGGGAACUGUUUUAUGUCAUUGUAUUUUUUUUCUUUCCAAAUUACACGCCCAAGAGAAAAUGUGCAAUAAUAAGUAGAGGUCGACCGAUAUGGGAUUUUCAAAUGCUGAUGCCAAUACCAAUAUCUCAAAAAAAAAAAAUCAGCCGAUAUCCAAUUCCGAUUUUGUAAAACGAUAUUUGAGACCAAUAAACUUUUUUUUCAAGCAUGUAUAUGUUACGAAAGACAAUGAAAAAAAACUGCAUCAACAGCUUCAAAUUUACAAUGAUGUUUUGAUACUUAAAGGAUUAAUUCGGUAUUGUGCUACCAAACCAACGAAUGCAGCACUUCUUUUCAUGAUUAUACACACUCCGCAACAACAGCACAAUAUUUUCCAACAAUUAAACCCACCAGGAUGUCACGACGAAAUCUAAACAAGUGAGAGUUUAAGAGGAUGCUCGCCAUGCUAAAGCUUGGCGAAUGCUACAAGUGACAUAAAAAGUCUCUGGAUCAUUCAGUAACCACCUUUAAAGGCUGAAGCAACAUUGCAUAUUCUCUCAUGCAAGAUUAAAAAAAAAAACCUUAGAAUAUUUACAACACAGGCAAACCUGAAGCUUCCUAUAGCAGGCUGCCUUCAAGCAUGCUGCAGGGUCCUUCCGGGUUCCUACCGUCAGUCAGCGGCGGCCACCGUUGCCCACGUGGAUGCCGGAUCAAAAUCAUGUUUUUUUUAAUCAGCUUAUUUUCUCUGUCAAUGGACCGAUGUUGGAAAAAAGUCCAUAUAUCGGUCGACCUCUAAUAAUAAGAUGUGGUGCAUUGUUAAAAUCAAAUGAUUACAGGUCUAGAAGAAUAUAGUAUGAAGUUUGCUUUAGGUAUUACUUAUCAACAACCAUUCGUGGGCUUUUCCAAUGGGUUCAAGCAUGUCAUAUCUGUUAUUAUCUCGAAGAGACAACUGUCGCUGUCCAAUAAAAACACUUAAGUCCUAAUUUUUAUCCAAUCAAAACACAAAAUAAAUAUUUUAACUCUUUAAGCGCCAAAGUUGCAAAACUGCAACAAGUAAAACAAUAACAAGCCAGAGCUGCAGAUAUGGUGCCUCAUGUAGUUACUACUUUGCACCAAAAGAUGGCAGACAUCUGCCAAUUCAACCCGAGCGUCUUUUACGAGUGUGUUUUCACGCGGUAGUUGUAGUUACGGAUGUCCUGCUCCAAUCACGUGAUCGGAAAUCGGGCUGAUCGCAUCACUUUUCGGAGAAUUUGAAUCUGGUGAAAAGGAUUGGGUUUUUAAUUUUAAAAAAUAUAUAUAUAUUCAUUUUUCUGCAACAUGCUCGUAGAGUGCCACAGCCUCUCGCCCUCCCUCCUAAGCAAUGUGGCCAAACUGUCCAGCUUGCGUUUGGUACUUUAAGUUAACGAUGAUCGACAGGUUUGCAGCUUUGAUCUUGCCAGAGAAGCUUGGUAGCUCAACGUUCAAAGGCACAAAUUUGUCAAUCAUCGUUAAACUUGCAUAUGUGUGACGUGGCAACUCAUUUUGUAAGUGAGAGGCUGUUCUCAGCACCGUGAGUGGAUUUGAGUGGACUCACUCAUCGAAGCAUUUAAUAGAGACAAGCCUUUUUCUGCGUUAUUCUUCUUUAAAAUUAAUUCGUAUCAUGAAGGUAGCACGUUGGGACAGUAAAAUGUUUCGAACUUUUGCUCAAAAUGACAAAAAAAACAAUAAAAUAUUUUCAGUAUCGGAUCAGGACUCUGUAUCGGCAGAUUCUUAAAAUCAGGUGACUCGUACGCAAAAAUAUGCGAUCGGGACAUCUCUAGCUGUAUUAGAAUUCUACCAAGGAAACUUACAAAGUCGAUAGAAUUUUUUACCGUUGUACUUCGUCAAAAAAUGGCUGAUUUUGAAGAGGAAUAUUCACCCUCUGAUGAAAAUGAUCAUUCAUCCAUUGAGAUAAAAAUUGACGCUGGCACCUUAAGGGUUAAGAAUUUUAAAAGAAAAAUGCCUCACAAAAUUUGGACUCAAGUGUUUUUCUAAUUGGAUCGUGAAAUCUGAUGAAUCAUCUCAUGAAAAAAAAAACAUGUCCAUUGGACCAAAGCAAUUGUAUUUGACUUUUCAUGUUCUUGUACCUUGGUGUACUUUACAUAAUAGUAAAUAUGAGUCUCUACUCAUCCUUCUUGGAACUAUCAAUGGACAGAAAGAUAAGACGGAACCCCAUUGGUUAAUUUAGAUACUAACAUUCUUACCAUCUGGAUCUCACAGAUGGAGAAUCAUGGUACCAGGGGCUUGCUCUGAGCCGCCACCUUUGUGCCUGAAUGGGAUUUAAAAUUUCACCCCGCCCCCCCCCCCCAGUUUUUUCUCUCAUGACUAUUAUGGAUGUUUCCAUUGACAUUUACUGUACAAUUUUACCACUACCGCUCAAUUUCAAAUGGCCUUCACUGUACGGUUUAAACCCAAGAUUCUGAUAUUGACCAUUUUGCUCCAAUUGAAGCCUAAUUUAAUUAUUUAAGACAAAGCUUUGUAAAGCAAUACUUGUGCUUGAUAUUCUGGUCCCCUGUGAAAGCUAAAGUUGUGAUGGGUGUGCAUCUACAGUACAUGACUGAAUGGAAAGGCAGUCAGUUGAGGUAGACAGUUGCAUACAUAUUCCAGUCUCCUCGCUCUGUACACCAUUCUCUUUUCUUGACACAGAAAGCCUUUAGCCGAGUGUUGUUUUUGGCAGCCCUUUUAAUUUUCGUCUUAUCUUUUGGACGAAAAUACUGAUUAGUCUUUAUUCAUAUAUUCGUCAUUUCAAAAUGUGUUCAUCUUCGUCUAGUUUUAGUCAACGAAAACGCAGACAAAUUUUGUUUAGUUUUAGUCGACAAUUACUCAAAACAUUCUCGUCUGUAAAUAUCAAAAGUUUUAGUCCAUAAAUGAAUGAAUAAAAGUUUUCCAACAAUUUCGAAUGAACGAUGACAGACACGCACAUAUUUGUAGAGUGUACAAGGACAUCCUCUUCGUGAUGAUAAUACACACUCAGGAGGAAAACCAUACAUUAUUUUCAAUUAAUUGAACUUACCUGGAUGCCACGAACUGUAUGUAAAAAGUUUUCCAAAAGUUUAAGAUUCACCACGCUAAAUGCGAACGCCAUGCUAAUGCUACAAGUUACAUUUAGUGUGUGACGAUCACUCAGCAUGGACCUUUAAAAGCGAAAGCAACAUGGCAUAUCUAGCCAAGAUAAGAAAACAAAACUUACUAAGCAGGACCUGACGACACGCUUACUCAUCGGCGGUCAGUGGAACGCGGGGGGGGGGGCGCAGCACGUCACAUUAGCGACACGACCAAACACUGCUAUGAUACGUGCUGACUACACAUACGAUAAGAAAAUCUCACACACUGUGAACUUAUGACGGAAACUGGCGAAUUUUCAUCUCAUUCUGUCUCGUCAAACGAAAACUCACAUCCGUCUCGUUAUGUUUUAGUCUCCCCCUACACGUUUUUGCUCGUGACGUCAUCGUCAUUAAAAAAAAUAAAUAAAUAAAUCAUUCGAUGACGAAAUAUAUCUUUAGCCAGGUGCAGAAUGUUGAAUAUUGAGACAAUUUAACUGAAGGUGUGACUUGAAGAGUGGAAGAUCAAAGUUAAGGAAUGUUCAGAAGGUAGGAUUUUGGUCGAAACUGUGGUAUGGAUAAUUGAAUUUGGUAGUUGAUUUUGUUGUAUUGUAAGAGAGUGGUCAACUUUGCCAACUAAUCUCAAUAGGUUGUUGUUGACAAAUAUUUGAUACUUUCUCGCUACAACAUUGCUCCUUAAAAACAGUCAAACAUCAAAAGAAUGAAUGAAAAUGAAUGCAUAGAUAAGGUAGGAGCCUCAACCAUGCAGCAAUUGGAAAAUUAAUUCUUGCAUUUAAUCACCACUGAGGAUGUGGCAAACUGGCAAUGCUGAAAAGUUUUUGAGAAAUGAGACUGAAAUGGAUCGAAAUCAGAUGAAUUGUCUAAUUGUUGAUAGUAUGUUUGCAUUAAGUGUAAGGUAUGUGUGUAUGUGAUAGUUUACAAUUAUGUAGGCUGGAGUGUUUAAUAAGGUCGUCUUUUAACAUUUUGUUUAUUGGAAAAGGUGGGAAUUAACAAGCAUGUUUAAGCAUGAUUCAUGUCCGUGUAAAGCUAGCAGUCUUAGUUAUACAUUUGCUAUCAAAGCGGUCAUUAGAAAGAGCUUUAUGUGAGGCAGAAAGCAGGCUGUGUUGAGGAAUGAAACUGGCUGCUGAAUUCCACUGUCAAAUUACUGCAACCAAACAAAUCAUAGACACAGUAACUUGUUCUCCGGUGCCUAUAAAACUUCUGCUAUAUUUUAGUAGGGGAAGUGAGCGGUCAAAUGUGACUGAUAUUGACUGACAUCUGAAUUGUAGAGAUUGUUGUUACAUUUGUAGAAUAACAACGUAUUGAUUAUAUAUUAUAUUAACAUAUUUAAGAUGUCUGUUAACACCAAAAACAACUACCACCAACCUUUUGUUGGACUACUUUGCUGUUUUAGUUGUUUACUACUUGGAAGCUCCUCAAACUGGCUGAAGGCUGAAUGUAUUUGUAAAUGUCAAUGAAUCAUUCCGUGGUGAGUCAUCAGGCGACGGCACAACAAACUUGACCUGUUUUAGGUAUCUUCUAACCCUCUGAUGACGACUGAAAUAAAAUUGAAACAAACAUCAGCCCCUUGUACAGUAAUUGGAAACAUUCUGCACUAGUGCAUUCCUUUUGGAAAUGCCGUUUUCUUAUCUGCCAUUUCACUAUGCCUUUUUUGUAUCUUGUACAUGUUUACAUUGUAUCUUGCAUUGCCCCAAAGGAAAAUAUUAAAUGUGUUAUCUUGAUUAUUUAUUUGCUGUUUUGUCUCUCACCCAAGGCAACGUGUUCUAGCAGAUACUAAAGAGACAGCUUUCCUUCAUGUUACAUUAAUUUUCUCUACAGAACAUUUGCAAAAAGGAAUGUUUGUCUUUAUUAUAGCGAUUGUAAGUGAGUUACAGUAUACGAAAGAGCAGUGAUACAACUGGACUUGUAAAGAAGAGAAAGGUAAAGAAAAUAAGCUCUUGGAGUUCAUGAUUAUGACAUGUAAAUAGUGUCAACAAUUUACAUUUCUUUCAAAAUUUAUCUUUUUUUUCAGAUUUUGGAUAAUCUAUGUAGAUAUACAGCGGGACAAAUAAGUAUCUAGUCAAUCACUAAUUGUGCAAGUUCUCCCACUUGAAUAUAUUAGAGAGGCCUGUAAUUGUCAACAUGGGUAAACCAU